CCUGCUGUGCACUCCGGGCACCGCCCUUGGCAAGCCAUGCUGGCUCACUCUGAACCGGGCAGCAUAAAAGGGGCUGCGUGGCCCUCUGGGCAGCGACUCCCACGGGCUCCGAACCGGCAGGCUCCCAGCAAGGCUGCGUCCUCUGCAUGGCAGACAACAAGCAGGAGACCAUGGCAGAAGCAGAGCUGCAGAUCCGCCGCGUGGACUUCAUGAGGCGUGACAACACCGCGGCCCACCACACGGCUGAGUUCCAGACACCUGCCCUGGUGCUGCGGCGGGGACAGGCGUUCACCCUGCGGCUGAAGCUGAACCAGCGGCUCCGGUCCCAGCAGGACACCCUGACUCUGCAGUUUAGCAUGGGCCGGCAGCCUUGCGUGUCCAAGCACACCCUGAUCUCGCUGGACCUGCCGUCGUCUGCCAGCUGCCACGGCUGGAAGGCCAGCAUCCGAAGCGAGGCAGGCUUGGAGGUGGUCAUCGCCGUCACCAGUGCCCCUAAUGCCAUUGUGGGACUGUAUUCCUUGGAGUUGAAGAGCGGGCGGCACCUGCUCAAGCCAGAGGACAGCAUGGUAUACUUGCUCUUCAACCCAUGGUGCCCAGAGGAUGCCGUCUUCCUGCCCUCCGAGGAGGACCGGGCUGAGUACGUCCUUAGCGACACGGGCUACGUGUACAUGGGCUCCUUCCGGCAGGUCAAGGAGAAGCCCUGGAACUUCGGCCAGUUUGAGAAGAACGUCCUGGACUGCUGCAUCUUCCUGAUGACCCAGAGCUACCUGAAGACCAUGGACAUGCGGGACCCUGUGAUGGUGGGGAGGAACAUGGGAGCCAUGAUUAACUCCCAGAACAAGGAUGGCGUGCUGGUGGGGAACUGGACCGGGGAAUACCAGGGUGGCAUGGCGCCCUACCUGUGGACAGGCAGUGUGCCCAUCCUGCAGCGCUACUAUAGCACCAGGGAACCCGUGUCCUUUGGCCAGUGCUGGGUCUUCGCGGGCGUCCUGACCACUGUACUGCGGGCGCUGGGGAUCCCCGCACGUCCGGUGACUGUCUUCGACUCUGCCCACGACACGGAGGAGAACCUCACGCUGGAUGUGUACGUUAAUGAGAUGGGCAAGACGGUGCCCAACAAGACGGACGACUCCAUCUGGAACUUCCAUGUGUGGACUGAGGCCUGGAUGAAGCGCAUGGACCUGCCCCCGGGGAACGAUGGUUGGCAGGUGGUGGAUGGCACCCCACAGGAGCUCAGCCAGGGGCUCUACUGCUGUGGGCCGUCGCCAGUGGCCGCUGUCCGCAAGGGCAACAUCUUCAUGGGCUACGACACCAAAUUCGUGUACUCGGAGGUGAACGCCGACAAGCUGGUGUGGCUGGUGCGUUCGGUGGAUGGGCGUGAGAAGGUCAGCCUGCUCUCGGUGGAGACCAUGAGCAUCGGCAAGAACAUCAGCACCAAGGCGGCCGGCCAGGACCGGCGCAGCGACAUCACACACCAGUACAAGUUCCCUGAGGGCUCCGCGGAGGAGAGGGAGGUCAUGGACCACGCCUUCUCACUGCUCAGCUUUAAGCGUGAGCACACGAUCCCCACCAAGGAGAACCUGCUGGAGCUGCUGGUGCAGGAGGAGCCGGUGGUGAUGGGUGACCCCCUCAACUUUUCGGUGACACUCCGGAGGAAGGCCGCCACUCCCCAGACGAUCACCUUCUCGGGCUCCUUCGACCUGCAGUCCUACACUGGCAGGCAGCUGGCACACCUGGGUGUGGUGCAGAAGACCGUGCAGGUUCAAGAACAAGUGUCCAGCGUGGUCCUGACCUGGGAAGCCAGCACCUACACUGGCAGCCUCGACGCCUACGAGGAUGAGCCAGUCAUCAAAGGGUACAUCAUGGCCGAGGUCAUGGAGACCAACGAGACCAUAGCCACAGAGGUGUCGCUGUUCUUCCAGUACCCACAGCUCACCUUAGAGCUGCCCAACACUGGCAGGAUGGGCCAGGCACUCGUCGGCACCUGUGUCUUCAGGAACUCCCUGCUGAUUCCGCUCACAGGCGUCAGGUUCUCCGUGGAGAGCUUGGGCCUCUCCUCCUCGCAGAGCAUUGAGCAUGGUACGGUGGCGCCUGGUGAGACCGUGCAGUCCCAGAUAAGCUGCACCCCGGUGAGGUUGGGGCUCCGGAAGGUCAUUGUCAAGCUGAGCUCCCAGCAGGUGAAGGAGGUCCACGCGGAGAAGGUGGUGCUCGUCACCCCGUAGCUGCUGCAUGCGGGCAUGGGCAGGCACCCCAGGCUCGGCCGCGCUUUCAGCACUUCCUCUGCAGACUUAGCUGUAGAUCACACACGCUCACGCACCCAUGCACGCACACAUGUAUGUAAGCACGCAUCCACUCAUUCAAGCAUGCAAGAGCGGAGUCGGAGCCGGGGGGCAAGAGAGAGGCAUUCAAGGCAGCCACACCUGCUUAGCCCCAGACCCCAGGCCCAGCCCCAGAAUUCCCGGCGCAUGGCCUCCGAAAGCAGUGCCACGGCAUCGAGAUUCAGCACCCAGUGCCCAGGGCCAGCUGUGCCCCCAGAGCUGUCCCUUUGAGCCUUGGGUUUGCCAGGGCCCGAGGUGCAUGCUCCAGGAUCCCACUGGAGACCCUGGGGCCAACUCUGCAGAGCCACCCUGGGACAGCCCGGAGUGGGGACAGGCAGGAGGCCAGCACCCUGGAUCGGGCCCCUUCUUGCCGCCCACUGCUUCCCUCUCCUCCACCUCCCAGCUGCUUCCCCUGAUCGCCGCCUUUGAUUAAACUCCGACUGCUGCAGGAUAA